AUGAGCUUGGUUGGUGAAAAAGAUAAUAAAGUGGACGUCAAAACCACUGAUUCCAUCUCUAAUGAAGACCCAACUAACUACGUCAACUUCUUUAUUGAAUCAGCUAAGGAGUCAGAAAAUGCAGAUAAGACUAUGACAUUCACGGAGGGUAUUAAGC